AUGCAUUGGGGAGCUUUGUCACCCCACCCACUUAAUCGAGGGUCCUUUCAAGGUUUUGAUGCCAUGGUUUCUUCUAGGAGAUGCGCCACUCUCAUUGGCUCCAUUGCCUUUUCAAUAUAUUUCUUUAUCAUCAUUUUUCAAGUUCCCAUUUUCAGUGUUCCAUGUAGAAUUGGAAUCUGUAAGUCACCGAUAGAAGUGACAUCUUCUCAGUUAAUUGCAAGUGAGGUCUUCCCUCUUUUUAUAGUGAAGAUUCUUUUCUACCCUGGAGCUCUAGCAAAGGCGAUUUGCAACCAAAAAGCCAUCCCAAGCUACAAAAAUUUGCUAAACUUGCAACAUUUCAAUACAAUGGCAGUCUCUGCUGCAUCAGAUCUCCAACGCCUAGAGGUUCUUGCAGGAAGCUACUUGUCUGUGGGAGGAGCAAUCACAGGACUGAUAAAACCAGGGAGAAUGAGCCUUUUUGGAAUACUUCUUCUUAUAUGGGGUCUUAUUAGAGAGUCCAUAAUGGGAAAAUCUGGUUUCGUCCAAGCAAAAGGUGUCUACAUGUAUCCAGCCAUGUAUAUUGCACUAUUCUCAGCAUUCUUCUCUAUUAGAAAGGAUGUCAGAAAGUUAAUUCGUACCUUCACUCGAAAGAAUGUUGUGAGGGCAAAACGUUUCAAAUCAAAGGUAGCACUUCUACUUAUUGCUCCAUGCAAUUGA